UACAGCUUGGCUUGUCAUUUUCCUGUGACAUUCUCUGUAGUUGUCAUUGGAGGCCUGCUCAUUCAUAGCGUGAAACAAGCGGGCCUGGAACAGAGCAAGGGGUGCGAUGUACGCAUUUUUUGUUGCUCGAGGGCAUCCUUUUGCUGUCACCACUGUUUUCUACUCUAAGCUUACGACCUGUGAUAAACGACACUACUCCUUCACACUGUAGUAUAGUAAAAUCUUGCUACACUGAUUUGAGUACAAUACAUACAAUGUCGAAGACAUAUGUUCACUUUUCCUUUGCUGUAUAAGAAGCUUUUGAAAUGUCCAAAUGAAUUCUGUAGGUGAGUAUAAAGAGUAGACUUUAAGUGCUCGCUUUUUUCCUACCCGGGUACAGGCCGUCAUUUCAAUCAAAUAGCGAUUCCCUAUGCGUACGCAGUACAGGAAUUAAAGUGGGACACCCCGUUAGUUCAUCUUCUACCCUGAGGGAGAUAUCAGACUAGUAAGUGCCGUUCCACUGCACUAAGGGCGACUCCGCGGCCUCCAGCAUCGACCCACCAUCUCAUUGUCUAGGAUGUAGCCAAUUGGAUCAUAUCUAAUGCUCUCACACGCUUAAAGCUACCCGGCACUCAGUUAUAUGGAAAGGAGAGCAGACAGGACAUAACCAAGCCAAACCAAUCCAUCGGGUGCUGCAACGACGAACAUUCAAUUACUCGCUCACUUGGCUGCCUUUCAUCUAUUUGGAUACAUUUAUCGUCCUGCUGCAAUGGCUCUCCUUCCAGACACGAUUCUGGGUCUGUCUAUUGCAACAUGGCUGUUCAAAGCCAUUCCUUUGGCAACCAUCACCUACACCCUCCUGUGGAUGGUUUACGCAGUGACUCUGCAUCCGCUGGCUAAGGUGCCAGGUCCUUUUUGGGCCGCAGUCACACGAUUAUGGUACAUGCACAAGAUCUACCAAGGACAUUUUGAUGUAGUCCAAAGAGAUUUGCACAAGAAAUACGGCCCUGUCGUGAGAAUCGCUCCAAACGAAGUCACCUCUGCCAGUGCUGCCGACAUACCUCACAUUUAUCGUCUCGCCGACCCUCUCCAGAAGACGGAUUUCUAUCCCAUAUGGGGUGCACCACAAAUUUCAUCGCAACCUGACACGUUUACUUGCAUCGAUGAAAAGGAACACACUCGGUACCGCAAGAUCGUUGCACCUGUAUAUUCGAUGGCCAAUGUGUUGAAGCAUGAGGACUAUGUUGCAAAAUGCACUACCCUUUUCCUUGAGCGGAUGACCGAAAUGGCAGACGCAGGUGAGGAGGUGGAUAUUGGAAAUUGGUUCCAGAUGUAUGCUUUCGAUGUUAUCGGCGAGCUCUCGUUCGGAAACAUGUUUGGCUUCAUGGAGAAGAACACCGAUAUCAAUGGCUGGAUCGACGCUCUUGACGCUCUCAUGCCUGUUCUUUGCGUUGCUGCUAUUGCCCCAACAUAUUACCGCCCCUUCAUCAUGAUCUCGGCUAUACUGAACUCGACUGUGUUCAAGGCAUUGAAGUCUUUCGAAGGCAUUCAUACAGCGUCUGUCGAUGUGGUGACUAAGAGAGUCAAGGAGAUCAGUGCAGGAACAGCCGAUCGUAUCGAUAUGCUACAGCAGUUCAGUAGAAUUGUUCGGGAGAAGGGCGAACAGGUUCGGUUCACCGACAGUGAAGUGACACUUGAAGCCUACGUCGGCCUGCUGGCUGGCUCCGACACCACAGCUGUAGCUAUGCGUGCAACCCUCUACUUUCUCAUGAAAAACCCCGGAAAACUCGCGAAAUGCCGUGAAGAAAUAGACGCGCAUAAAGCGACCUUGAGCUCUCCCAUCCGUUAUGCCGAAUCAAUUGCUCAGCUUCCGUAUACUGGCGCUGCUAUCAAGGAGGCAAUGCGCCUUCAUCCUAGUGUCGGCCUCAGCAUGCAACGUCACUCCCCUCUUACCGGCGUGACACUCUCUGGCCAUUUCAUCCCGCCCAACUGGCGUGUUGGCUGCAACCCAUGCAUUGUACAGUACGACACUGCUGUAUUCGGAGAGGAUGCAGAGGAAUUCUCCCCUGAACGAUGGCUUGAAUCCGAGGAGAGGACUAGAGCAAUGGAAAAAUCAUUGCUCACUUUUGGAGGCGGGACAAGAGUCUGUAUUGGAAAAAACAUUUCGCUUACCGAACUUCAUACUCUCAUGCCUGAGGUCUUGCGCCAUUUCGACGUGAGUAUGACACACUCUCGCCCGUGGAAGACAGAUGAUUAUUGGUUCCAUAAACAGACGGACAUUAUUGUGAAGCUUAGGCGGCGGGAAGGAGUGUAA